ACUGCUGUCGCUCUGCCUGUGAGUGCCCGCGGUGAGGUUCAGCAUCCCUGCGCAGGCAGUGGGGCAAAUGUAGAUGUAAAAAUAUAAUUUGAAAAUAUGUAAUCGGGGAAUAUAAGUUUUCGGCGUCCGCAGCUUGCGAUGAGGGAAGGACGACAUGGAAGAUCGGAUUUUGUGUUGCGCCUGUGUGGAGCACGGACCGUUACAUUGCGAGAAAUAAUGCGGAAUAUUUCCCCCUGUAGGUGUUAACGCAGAAAAUACAAGAUGAAGAAGCAAUUCAAUCGGAUGCGACAGCUCGCCAACCAAACAGUUGGAAGAGCAGAAAAAACAGAGGUGCUGAGCGAGGACCUUCUACAGGUGGAGAAGCGUCUGGAUCUGGUCAAGCAGGUGACACACAGCACUCACAAGAAGCUGACUGCCUGCCUGCAGGGUCAGCAGGGCACUGAUAUGGAGAAAAGAUCCGUCAAGUCACCUUCUAAAAAACUUCCGCUCACAAUGCUGGCACAGUGUAUGGUGGAAGGAGCUGCAGUGUUAGGGGAUGACUCCCUCCUGGGGAAGAUGCUGAAGAUGUGUGGGGAGACAGAGGAGAAGUUGGCCCAGGAGCUCAUCCAGUUUGAGUUCCAGAUAGAGAGAGAUGUGGUGGAGCCCCUUUACGUGCUGGCUGAGGUUGACAUUCCCAACAUCCAGAAACAACGGAAGCACUUAGCAAAACUUGUCUUGGACAUGGACUCUGCUCGGACAAGAUUUCAGCAGUCAUCCAAGUCAUCCAGUCACCCAAGUACACUGCAGCCAGGUGCCAAGUCUGAGUCCCUCAGAGAGGAGAUGGAGGAGUCAGCCAAUCGAAUGGAGAUCUGUCGAGAUCAGCUGUCGGCAGAUAUGUACAGUUUUGUGGCCAAAGAAAUAGACUAUGCAAACUACUUCCAGACACUGAUAGAAACACAAGCGGAAUAUCACAGGAAGUCAUUAGAGAUUCUUCACAGUAUCCUGCCCCAGAUUAAAGCUCACCAAGAGGCGUGGGUGGAGAAACCAUCGUUCGGCAAGUCUCUUGAGGAACACCUGAAUAUUAGUGGGAGAGAGAUCGCCUUCCCCAUUGAAGCCUGUGUCACCAUGCUGCUAGAGUGUGGCAUGACAGAGGAGGGCCUCUUCAGAGUGGCUCCAUCAGCCUCCAAGCUGAAGAAGCUGAAAGCAUCUCUGGACUGUGGAGUUCUGGAUGUGCAGGAGUACUCCUCAGACCCACACGCCAUCGCAGGGGCUCUGAAAUCAUACCUCCGAGAGCUCCCUGACCCACUGAUGACCACAGAACUUUAUGAUGAAUGGAUUCAAGCUUCCAACGUUCAAGAUAUGGAUAAAAGGCUACAAGCGUUGAUGACAGCAUGUGAAAAACUCCCUACAGACAACUUGAACAACUUCAGAUAUCUGGUCAAAUUCUUAUCAAAGUUAACCGAGUACCAAGACGCUAACAAGAUGACUCCAGGUAACAUGGCGAUCGUUCUCGGGCCUAACUUACUCUGGACACACACCGAACCGAACAUGACAGAGAUGAUGACCACCUUGUCCCUGCAAAUUGUUAGCAUCAUUGAGCCAAUUAUCCAGCAUGCGGACUGGUUCUUCCCUGGAGAGAUUGAGUUCAACUUAACAGGCAGCUAUGGCAGCCCGAUCCACACCAACCACAACUCCAACUACAGCUCCAUGCCCUCGCCAGACAUGGAGCAAUCCGAGCGGAAGCAGCAGCACGACCAGAGCCGACGCCCACUGAGCGUCGCCACGGACAACAUGAUGCUGGAGUUCUACAAGAAGGAUGGAUUUCGAGAUCCAACUGCAGCUGACGGCUGUUCUAGUAUGGGCGUCCGAGUUAUGGAUACCUCCUGGGUGUCCCGGAAGGGUUCAUCCACAUUGGCACGCAAGACCUGCUCCACCCCUCCAGGCAUGCAAGGCCCAGGGUCUCCCGCAGAUACUCUCAUCCCUGAGCAGCCUGGAGAGCUCGUCAUCUCCCCGUCCGCGACUCCGCCACCUGGAGAGAGGGUCUGCUCAGACAACGUGUCGCCCAAUCGGCCGGACACCUCUCAUGCCCACCCACCCCCAGGGGAGGACCGUCCACCCCCCCCUUACCCAACCUCCUCGUGCCACGCUGCCCCCCACCUCUUCUAUCCCAAACCCCCACCCUGUGCUCGCCCAGUGGCACCGGGUCCAGAGUCUCAGCCCCCUGCCUCACCCCCACCCCCACUGCGCUGGUCUGGCUUCAUUCCCCCGGCCCCUGCCCCGCCUCCUUCCUCCUCUUCUUCCUCCUCCUCCUCGUCACUUGACAUCAAUUCCAACCCCAAACCAAGUUGUCUGCACUUCCCCAAGCACAGCCCGCCUGGUGAAAUGUUGCAUGGCCUCCCACCAGAUACUAAUGCUUCACCACUCUACAUCAAAACCCCUUUGGUACUAACACGCCAUGACCAGUCCCUUGGCAAUCCCCCUAGCCUCCCGUCAUCCGCGCCCCCGCCCCCGCCGUGGGCUGCCUGUCCAUGUGCCCGAGAGAGAGGACCCCCCAGGCUGACUAGUUCAUUGAAGUGCAAAGAGCUCUCCCCUGUAAUUGGACACAAAGCCAUCCAGGUGGCAGGUCCAACAGUACCCCCCAGCAGUAGUCCUCAGAGCAGCAGCCAGUCUCCCCACUCCACAGAGCACAGUCCACACACCCUUCGCAAAGGUUCCAAGAAGUUGGCUCCUGUGCCACCAAAGGUCCCCUAUGGCCAGUCUUGCGGGAUGUCCGACCAGUCAACAGGUCAGCCGUCACCGGUCAGCCUGUCUCCCACACCACCUAGCACCCCCUCCCCUUAUGGACUGGCCUGCCCUCCAGGGCAAGUGCCCCCAUCCUCCCCCGGGCAAACCCCAUUAGGGGCGCCCCACUCGCUCUCAUCCCCACCCUCUCUGACAGGAACACUCACCAAAUCGCGGCCCGCCCCUAAGCCCAGGCAGAGACCCAGUCUGCCCCCUCCGCAGCCACCCACAGCCCCUGCAGGGUUUACUGGCCCGUCCAUGGCCCCAGUUCCCCAGCCCCUGGAGCAGGGUCUCCUGGAUGGACUGUCUCCCGGGGAGAGCAUGUCUACAGGUAAACAUCAGCCCUUGGUAACAACACCCCCGCCGCCCCCACAGGUGGGGCUGCAGCGGCCCUCUCUCAGACUUGCUGUGGCUCUGUCCAACGGAGACGGUGGACGAGUGUAGGACUCUGUAGGACUUGUAGAUCUAAAAGACACCUUCCCCCCUAUGUUGACUGCUCCCAAACGAAUGUCUGAUUGAAAAAAAACGUUGCCUUUUAGACACAGAUGCCUGAAAAUGAAACAAUGUAAUAUUAGCAUUUUUGUGCUAAUGUAGUGAGCAAACCUCCUGACCUAUGUAUUCAUUGCUUGUGUUAUGUGAUGAUGUUUCUGGGUAAUGUGUGGAAACAUCAGACAAGCAUAGCUCGUCCUGCUUGAAUGGAAGUUGCCAUUAGAUUCAUCAUGUGCUCUUUGUAUAUCUGUGUUACCCAGACCCUCACUCGGCAGAGGUAGGUCAGAUGCUUACACCAGUCCAGGAAAGCGUAGCAGGUGUGGACAGAAAGCCAGGCCAGCCCCAGAUUCUGUCUACAGUAUGAUGUUAUGAUGAUGAGGUGUUCUGUCAUUGAUACCAAGCAUUCUGUCACUUUGUUAUAUUUAUCAUUCUCUUGUUCCCCCUGCUACUAUUGUGUACCUUGCAGCUGUGUGAGGCCAGGGAUUCAGUGUGGGCUAAGUGUGAGGGGGACUUUUAGGGUAAGCCAGAACCGUCCCCGCCCCAUGCGCUCCAUCUCACUGCCUGGCCUCGUGCUGUGGCUGCCUCUGGGGUCUCCUGUAGCCUGCCUCAAACAUACCAACCACUAACUCUCAAUCAGAAAAGUCUCCCUAUUUCCUCUCAGCAGGUUAUUAGCUCUUUGCAUGGUGUUGUAGUUCAAACAAUAAUGCAUGGCUUAAGGACUUCCCAGAGUGCACCAUACUGCGCUCACAUUGCAGAUGCCCUCGCUUCCAGCGGUCCAUCCUAAAGCCCCUCCCUCUUUCGUUGCCCAUUCCCAGCCCUCUGCCAGCAGACAUUCCCCCUCUAACGCCCCUGCCACUGGUUUCAUGGGGCUACAGGUAACCCCCACUCCUCCUUUGGCAGGUUCAUCGCUUUUUAAAACCUCUGCUCCCUCUUACUACACUGCCACGCUCCAUCUCAUACCUACACAGGAGUAGUCACCAGUCUCUGCUUGGACCUGCUGCUUUCAGUAAAUGCAGCAGAGCAUUAGGACAACUUUAUAAACAACAAACACUGUAUCCGGUCCUCAUGAGAUCUUCAUUGUUACUUCAAGCCCACUUGGUGUCUUGGUGCCAUUUUCCCACAGAGUUCCACACACAUCUUGUUGCCUCUGUGUUGGUUUAUCUGACCAUUGUUGUAAACGUGUACAGUAAUGUGUCCGUGUGCAGUCAUUUUGACUUGUUAUUGUAUUUUAUCUGACAAAGUAUGUGUUGUUGUUGUCUCUAAAGACACAAGAAGCUGUGACAUAUCACACUAGUCGCUACCAAGUUGGUUGCAGUGUGAUUAGCUACACACUGAAAAAAUCCCUGUGUAGAAUGUGAAGCACAUGUAAUCUACUGAUUACUUCAAUCAAGCCAGAUAUCAUAUGCCACUUACCAUUAGUUCAGACUCAAACGAUUAAUAUUAUUUCUGCUCUCUUCCGUUUUUACACCUCAUUACCAUCGUCAUAUGCCCUCUUCUCCUCCUCUUGCUCAUUGUCACCAUUCCCACCAUUCUGCUCAUCAUACUCACCUCUCCCGCCAUGCUCACCAUUAGAUAUCUUCAAUUAUGAAAUCCCCUCCAUCAAUGUCAAUCUGGACAGCCUCAUCGAUGAGUUCAGCGGCGCCCCUUGCAGGAGGUCCUUGGCAGUGACAGACUCUCCAGAGGGUGACGCUGUGCCUGAGGAGGAGCCCCAGAGCACCACUCUAUGACCUAUGACCCUAAGGCAUCACAGCUUACCAGCACCCCUAUGGCUGUUCAUACUCUUAACUGUCGCCACCAGAUGGCCUGAUGGAAACACACUGGCCUCACCAAUGCCCACCUGAAAACAGAACUCGAGUACAUCUGCUGCAGGCUGCAAAGAAACUCAUCUCUUACAAAUGCUCGCUAAAACAUAAAUGUGAUACAAAAGAAAAAAAAAUCACCAAAAUGCCAUAGUGGAGGAACAGUUGCCUUUAGGAGAAAAGACUGGAAUAUCGAUGAGUAUAACAUUUAAUGAUUUUUCUUUUCCUGCUUUGCUUUGUUCAUAUUUGUUGUUUGAUGCUGUGGUCUGUAUUUUUGUGGGGGUUUUUAAUUUAUUUUUGCCUUAUUAGAAACAUGCAAUCAAAUUGCAGUAUGAUACUCGCACGUUGUGCAACUUUUAGUUAGGGAAACUCAGAGCCUGACGUGGUUAGGAGCAAUGCCCGUCCUCAGGGUGAAACAGAGAGGCAGAGUGAGGGAGUAGUCUGGUGAUAUUGCUCACAGGGUAUUCGAGCUUUGUGCACAUUAGAAAAAAUGCUGAGCCCUAGAGACAGGUUUGUCCUGCAGGAUGAAACAUCUAAUGCAGUCUAAUUCUUACUGUUACACCCAGUCUUUACUUAACCUUUUCUUUCACAUAAUUAAACUGUAGUUCUUUAUCUAACGUUUACCUUCACACAGGUAAACACACUUUAACUCACUUUAUACCAGCACAGUAUGAGAAGAAUGUUAUUGUAAAUUACAUUUCUUUAGACUUGCAUCUCCUAUUCAGCUUUCAAAGAUAGCACCAUGUCGUGUUUGCAUGACAAGCCAAUAGGAACUAACCGCUUUGGAUCAAGGGCCUCAGAAUGGCAGUGUUUGAUUUUGUGUGAGUGUUUCUGCUUUUGUUGUUCUUGGAGGGUAAGUUUAGAACACCCAUGUGCUGUUACAGUUUGCUGACAAUGGAUGGAUGACUACACUGCCUUUAGGUUCGUAUGAUUCUCUCUCUUAACCUUGUUUAAAGUGCUUCAGGUUCAAUAACCUUUGAUCUCUAGUGUAAAUACAAAGACUGUACAUAAAUUGAUGUAUAUAAAUCUGAGAGGAAAAGUAUAUGUAAAAUGCAUAUCUUGAGAAUAUAUAAUAAUAAUAAUAUAUGUGCUGAUAUUUAUCAUGUGUAGAAAAUGUAAUGAUUAAAAAUGGAUGUUAUUUUUGUCCCUGCACACAGUGAACAGGUUUACUGUAGAUUCAUGAUGUUUCACUUUAACACCAGGUAACAAGGAUGCUGCAGCACAAAUGCAGAAUGUUAUUUCUGCGAGAAAUCAAUUGUAGUCUUUCUAAUUCUGUCUCCUGAGCUUUGACUUCAAACAUGCUACAGCACUAAUAAGUUGCAAACCAACACCCUAUAUUUUCUUUUUUAUAAACACAGUGCUUAAUUGAAAAACCCUAUACUGAUAAUGGGAUCACUUUGAGUAUUCUUGGACCUUUUAAUACAUUGAAAAUGGGAAUAAAUGUGGUCUCGGGCCUGUAUUAUUGGAUUAGAUAUAACACAAUAGAAUUAUUUAUUUUAUAUUGUGCGCACAAUAUAUUAACUUGUGCACACAGGGAAACAGCUUGUGCGCACAGGUUUUAUCUUGUGGGAACAAGCUGAUUGUCAUAUGUGCACAACUUAAUAGCACAAUGCUCACAAUGCAAAAAAUGUGAUGCAAAUUCAGUACUGACUCUUCUUAAAAGGAGAUUGGUGCCCUUUUUGGUGUUGUUAUUCUCACCACAGAUUAUUAGUUAGAGGUUAACAAAUUCAUCAAAUGCUGCAGUGUCAUUUUUUUAAUUCAAUGGAAAAUGUCCAAGGACAAGUAUAUCAAUGAAAGUGCAAUUACAGUGUUUACUGAUCCACCUCAGUCCAAAAAGUGGUCAGCCUACCCAGACCUACAGAAAAACAAGCCAUUUAUUUUAAUGCAAAACCAUUUACAAUGAAGUUUCUUUUAUGUGUUACUUUUACUUCUAACAAAAUGAACUCUCUCCAAAAGUGAUCUACAGUACAGUAUGCAUCAGUGUGUGUUCUCAAUGGACUCUGUUUAUGAAGAUUUUGGUGAUGUUGAUUCUUAUAUUGAUAGUUGUGGUGAUUAUACUGUAUGACAACAAUUGCAAGUGCCCUCCCACUGGUUGUUAUUUUUGGAACUAUAGGCAUAAUUAAUGUGUGCUAAAGGUUUUAUUUUCUGUGCUGGAUCCAUACAUUUAUACAAGGAGGUUCUUUGGGGUUUCUCUCUCUAUAUAUAUAUGAAUAUGUGUGCGGACUGAAUGUGAUUCACUCCAUUUCCAACUGUAGGCUACCUGGUUUUAUAAUAAUGUGCUGGCAAAUGAGGACUUGUAUUUGGAUGAAGGUUAAUUAGGGCCUGUUGGCAUGUGUUAUUAUCAGUACAGGGCAGUAUUACUGUAAUGCUUUUGUGCAUCAUAACUGGAGCUUACAGCCACCUGAAAGCAUGCAUUCAUAUUCAUUAGGUGUGAUAAUUAUGCUGCUGAAAGAAAAAAACAUCUGCAACCUCCCCUGAAACACGAGUCAUGAUUUCAUCUCAUGUCUUAUUUCAGCCAGUUUCCACAUAUUCAUAGGAGCCACCUUUUGCACCAAAUGGUACAUUGUUACAUAGUUUUAUCAAGCUUUUUAUGUACUGUAGACUUACAUUUCCUGACUCACCAAUAUUUCGGUCUAACGUGAGGCUAAAUUUGUUUACAUUCUGAUGAGGGGGGGAUUUUAAAAUGAGAAAAAAAAAGGUAAAUCUGAAAAAGUGUCAUGCAUGCGCUUAGGUAGUCUUUUGAUAAUCCACGUUUUUGUGUCAAUCACUGUCUUUUUAGGGAUUGUAAGAGGGGUAAAACAUGAAUAUGGUCUAAAGAGAAUGUGGAUCACAGUAACUGGUCCCCGGAGGGGUUUUGAGCAAUACGGUAGAGGAGUAGAUGUUGCCUGUGGAUGUACUGCCUCCUUCUGCUUUUACUACUAGUGUACAAAUGAAAUCCUGCCGCUUGUCGAGCCCACCAUGCCCCCACCCCUCCCUCCUCUGCUUAGCAUAUCAAGUGGAACACAGUGUGUACUGUGAAGCCUACCUGCAAUCCUUAUCAGAAUGUCAGAAAUAAAUAUAUAUAUUAAACUCUACAUUUGUAAUAAUCUUA